AUGGUUGAAGCACGCUCCAGACGAACAGCUGUGCUAAAUAACCUGAAGAUUGAAAACAAUAAAAUCUUCACACUCUUGCAUGACGAGAUCUUCAAAUCUAUGGAUGAUGACUCUUCCAAUACAAAGAAACAACGACAUCUUCGCGAGAGAAAGUCAACUCCAGACUAUAAUGUCAUCAAUAACUUCAGGUCGACUCAAGCGCGUGACGAUUCUUCUGAACCAGAGAAUGCUAGGCUAUCACGACCCAGAUCCCCGAGGGCUCAAAGUUUGAAGUCAAGUCCGCUCAAAUCUCUUAUUGUUACUUUGAAAAUGGACCCCACGCGGCUGGCUCGAGUUUUUUCAGCCAGUAAGGAGGAGCUACCUUAUCGUGGGAUACUAACCUACGAGGAGGGCAACACCUUCAAUACGAGACCAACUGCGGAAACCUAUGAAAUGUUUCAAGCAGCUUUGAGAGAUAGUAAGCAAAUGAAAAAAGAAUACGGGGACGACACCUUGGUCAAACCGCUAGACGAAGAAGAACUGAGGAAAGAGGCUAUAUCGCAAAGUUAUGCACCAUUAGCCAAACUUCGAUGCAUACAUUUCGGUGAUAAGGAAAUUGACACAUGGUACAACUCACCCUAUCCGGAGGAGUACACUUCCAAGUAUGUCCUUCAUAUUUGUGAGCAUUGCUUAAAGUACACAGACUCUAGCUUCGUUUUAGAUAGACAUCUAUUGAAGUGUGCUUAUAAAUAUAUGCCUCCUGGUAAUGAAAUUUACAGAGAUAGAUGUGUCUCUGUUUUUGAGGUUGAUGGAAGAAAGAACACGAUUUACUGCCAGAAUUUGUGCCUUUUGGCCAAACUGUUUUUGAACUCCAAGACACUAUAUUAUGAUGUUGAGCCAUUUAUGUUUUAUGUUUUAUACGAAAUAAAACCUGCUUCGGAACACUAUUCCUUUGUAGGCUAUUUUUCGAAAGAAAAACUGAACUCUACCAAUUAUAACGUGAGUUGUAUCCUUACCCUUCCCACUCACCAACGGAAAGGUUAUGGGAACUUUUUGAUAGAGUUUAGUUAUUUAUUGACCAGACGCGAGUACAAACUUGGAACGCCUGAAAAGCCCUUGAGUGAACUGGGUUUGCUAAGCUACAGAAAUUACUGGAAGCAUACAGUUUGCCGAUCUAUCAAAUGGAUUAUAGAUAAUGUCUCUCCAGAAAUGCUCCCAUUUUUGACAGUAUCGAUAUCUGACAUCUGUGAUAUUUCAGGGAUGGUUGCAAAUGACGUUGUCACAGCCCUUGAGCAGUUAGAGAUGUUAGUCAAGCAGCACGAUCAGAAGUAUGGGAUACUGGUGGAUAUGGAAGUUAUCGAGGAAGUUCUCAGUAACUGGGAUUCAAAAAACUACUUAAAGAUUCAACCAGAGAAUCUUAUUUGGAAAAGUGUAGUUCUUGGCCCUUCGGGUGGCAUUAAUACCACCAGCACGAUGGUGGUUGCAGCUCCUGAUUCGAACAAUCCAAAUGGAAAUAACAGUGAAUCUAAAUCGGCGAACAGUAUAUCCAUCAUCACCAAUUUUAUGACCGAUGAUUUGGAGGACGAAAGAGACGUGGAAGAGCAGGCGCUUUCGGCCAUACUGGAAAGAGUACAGAGUAAUAAAGAGACCUAUUCAGGGAACACUUCCGAGUUGGAAGAUGUAAGUUGGGAGGUUAUGCAUCCUGCAACCACAGAAAACAAUCAAUCCAUUGUGUACAAGCCGAUUGGUAGACCUUCUAAAGUAGUUGCCCCCAUAGAUGAGGAGGAGCUUGGCAUUAUUUUCAACGACUCAGACAACAACAGUAAUGAGGAAGAAAGUGAGGACGACGACUAUAAUGAGGACUUAAUAGAUGAAGAGGAAGAAGAUGAAGAAGAGGAAGAUUCUGAGAACAUAGACGAAGCGAUAAUAAUAGAAGAAGAAGAAAAGGAGGAGGAAGGGGUUGAGAAAGCCUCUCCAUUGCGAAAGGCAGAAAAUGCGGAUAAUACAAGGCAUGAUACAUAUCGGAGGACAAUUAGCACAGCCAAAAAAAGACACAGCAAACUGAAGCCAGUUACCAGACCACCUUUUAGAAGGACUCGAAGCUCCCGACUUAAUAAUUAG